AUGGGCAGUGGUUUGUCAAGCAAUCCUGGCGGCAGUAAGAACAAACAUGCCGAUCCUCCGGGUAACUGCACACGCAACAACCGCGUCGAAGAUCCGCGGAUUCCAGCCGAGGCGGCUAGAAACAGCUUCGCGUCGAACAAGCAGGAUUGUGGUAAGAGGAAGCAAAAUUCGUUUAGGCAGCAACGAUCCCAGCAGGAAGUUUGUCCCAUCAGCGAAAUCGAUAAUGACGAUCCAACACUGAAUUCCUCGGACGUAUCGCUGCAUUCUCUGGACUCUGAACAGAUCUUUUACGGUCAAGAACAGUACUGCAAAUAUGUGAACAUGAACGCGUCCAAUCACGAGGAGGGAGGACGAUCAUCUAGUUCGACAGGAAACAGCGGCAGACACCACAAGAGACCCACUCUACGCACAGUGACGGCAUGCACUGCAUCCACGUCCCAGGGUAAAAGAAUUUCGGUUUACCAUUCCGUCGCGGUGACUCGUGGACGUACUGUCCCUCCUGCUUCCAGCAUUCGUCAGGCCUUUCAUAGACCGCCGGAUCCUCUUGCUGUGUUUCAACGGGAUUUACUUGAUCCCUAUGAGCCGCACCCCCAUCCCACCCUACAAACACAACUGACGGAGACCCCGACGACCUUGAUACCCCUGGAGGGCCAAAAUUCCCAUCCACAGCACACCACUCCACUGUCAGGAGGGCACACAGACACCUGCCUCUUGAAUUCCUCCCGAAGGCUGUACAAUGACGACCAGGGUGGUAAAACUGCAAGUCAGCCGGAACAGCUACAAUCAGAUUAUCAGAAGCGUGUCAGCUCGCCUGGUUUAGACAGGCGCCCGACGAAUGCGUACAAUAGGAACGGCGAACAAUACAGGAGUUCAUCGACGAUUAGUCAGAACCCGCCCUUGCGAUGCACCGCUUCAUCUCCGUUGCCUGGGCAACAUUCGCAGACUGUUGUGGUCUCGGGGACUUCUAUGGCAGCGCACGAAGUCAAUCGACCAACGACGCAACACCCACUAGGCCAACUACAGGCGGGAGGAGGAGGAGUAGAAGAAAAGUCGGUCGCAUGCAUGGUCUCUCGGCCCCAGAUAAUGACGGGUAGCCUGCACUCUCGCCAACCCCGAUCUGCAGUGCAGGUAGCCUCCGCAGCCACUGGGCUGACGGGAUAUCCACUUGAGACCCUCCCAGACGGCUCAAAACUAAAAUACUCACAUUCGAUCUUGCCGACGAGCGAGAUGCAGAACACGAUCGAUCUUCCAGCCGAAACCUACACACAGCAGCAGCAACAGGACCUGCUAAUUCAGAAGUUGCAUCAGGCCGGAAGGAAACUGGCAAUCUCGAUUUCACGGCAUCAGGGCCUUCCCGCAGGGGGAGGCUGGCAAAAUGGAGGAGAGAAUAGCCCAGUCUACGACCCUCAGGGCCUACGUCUCCAAGAGCAACCAGGUCGAAGUAGCCCCCUUUCCCUUCAGUCUCAUACCGUCGUCAAUGGUAGUCACCCUCUCGUUCAGAACGCCCUCCUCACCGAAAAGUCGUCCGCUCCCCAGGCGUCCCCGGCGUCUUUGAAUGCGACGACUGAUAGGCCUGAAUUAGGCGGUCGACAGGCGAUCAGCGACUCCCAGCAAAAGGUUAUUGUGUUCACCAGGCCUCAGAGAGCCAGGCGUUCCCUAGCUAUGACUCAGCCAGUACAAACAGCUGUACCCAGCCAGCCACUCAAACAGGUUGGUCGAAUAGAAAAUUCUCUCGAACACGAGGCCGUUGAGAGAAGCACAGAGGAGGGGUCGGAACCGGUAUACGAAAAUGCCGGUCUCUGGUCACCAAGACAACACUCUGGCCUGGAAAGACAACUUCCCCUUGAUUCCAAAGGAGGACAAACGCCAAGAAGCCCUAGAAGUACGCACUCACACCCCCAUGUUGAACACGGAAGUUACGGGGAACUUUAUCCUGCGACGUCCGGCAGGACGGAUCUCAGUCCUCGGCUACCUGCAGUCUCUGCGCCUCAACUUCUCUCCCAGUUUGCCUCAACUGCUGGUUCGGGCCUAGAAACCAGUCAGCCCCAUAACCUGAAAGGAGGAAAUCCACCGGGCAACGAACCAGUGCAGGUUGGUCAACCCCCAGAUCGGGGUGUUUCAUCACAUCGGCAGUAUGCUACAUCCGGAGUAGAUCCUGGUACCGUGUCAAGGACAGCAGACAGCCAGAAAACUCGUCAAGCCGGAAUGGCACAGGACUCACGGGGACAGUAUGCCAUACAGGCGCAGAGGCAGGUUCAGUUUCCAAAUGCACAGGUUGCGGGCAGAACGGUGGCCUCUGGCGUGCCAACUCAACGAGCCGCCCUGAAUCAGCCACUGAACCAAGCCAGCCAACGGCAGAACGAUAUUGAUGAGGGGCUCAGCGUUACUGUCGACACAGCCGUGGACGACCAGAGCACCGCGCCGGGUGAGACAGAGGAUGGAGAGGUGUCUCCACGACAUCGCCGUGCUCCCACCUUUCCGGGUGCUCAAUUGGCCCGCACUUCAACGGCUCCCCCAGUGCAGACUGAGCAUGCGAUGCUAGACCAACCGCCGCUCAACCGGGUUGUCCAGCGUGAGGGCGGAGUUCAACAGGAGGCCAUUGAGACAUUCAGACAGGAUGAUAUGGAUCUUCAGUACCAUGCCUCCUAUUCAAACAGUCCCGACUACGCGGACGACAACGAUGACCGAGUCUUUCCAGAGGCAUCUGCUAGCCCCAGGGCAGCUCAAAGACAGCGACAACAACAGGGCCCUGACCAGCCCAAUGGGCAAAUUUGCAAUGUUGAAGAUGAUAUGGAGGACAUGGAGACGGUUGAUGAGGACGACACCAGUAGGGCCAACCACACAGUUCUUGUUCGCCUCGAGUCCUAUGACGAACUGCCCAGCGAGGUGAGUCAGCGCGUGCAAGCCAAGAGACUCUGGGGGGUCGACUCGAAGGUGCAGAGGGACACUCAUCAGGAGGGCGUUAGCGAUCAGCUUUUGAACGAAAUUUCUAAAAUAUCAACUAUACCGGAGGACACCGAAGGCAGAGAUGUCUACUACACGCCCAGCGCUCGUCAGUUAGAGAGGCACCUCGCCACCAGAGAAGUCCUACACAGAGCCAGCUAUGAAAAGGAAGUCAUUGCUGAGCGGGCCCAGGUUAGUCAAGUUCCUCUGCUUCCCAUGGCUGCCAAGAGCAAGCGCGAGGACGUUUACAAAGCCACCGCAGUUAACCAAUCACCUGCCUUUGGUGCACCCUUUGCAAAGAGCAGAACAGAUACUAAUCACCUACAGGAGCCUUCCAGACAGAUGAGGAAACAGAUGAGGAGUCACCACGGUGACAUCAUGAGUAGUUACGCAGCUAGGCAGGUAAUCGAUCCCAAAGAUCCCAUGAACUCGCUCUCAUCGGGAGGAGCCUGGACCGCUGGUCGAAGGGCCAGGUCUUGCAAUCCAGAAGACGCUUGCAGCCUCAAUCCCCGCCUAUUUUAUGCUAGCUCGCAAAGCCUGACACAGGAUCCUCGCAGUCUGCGGGAACUCCAGCGCCAGACGAACAACUUUAGUCCUCUUCGCGGCAUGUUUAAACACUCCUCGGAGCCAAACUCCUGCAUGGAGACCUGUCCUCGGAGGAGACGCCAGAAGAGGCGUUGCAGCAGACGACGGGCUGCAUCGACCGACGGUGACAGACCUCGGACCGAGGGGCUAAAACGUCGGAAGUGGCUGCGUCUCUUUGGUGUGCAGAAAGUAGGCCGUCCUCUGGACGUGUCAAUGAAGUUGUAUCCCGCUGUCAUCUCCUCUGACGGCAUUGCCUACAAGUUGGAGGGUCCGGCGUCGGAACACGUAUACCAUAGCCCAGAACCACGACUGUGUGAUCGCAAGCGCUACAUCCAGCCCUGUGCCUACCGUCCCGAGGACAUUCGUCACACCGUCUACGUCUUCGAGACUGCGGUGCUGCACCAGCCGCUGGUAUUCCAGGGUUCCAUCUCUAGGACAGAACUAAUUCGGCCCCCGUUUGAGGGGCCUUAUCAUGGCGGUCCGCGAGGGGGCGGUGGCGGUGCCGGUGGAGGUAAUCCUCCUCACCCGAGCGCCGGUCCUAGCAACGCACCAACUCGAAAUGUCAAAUUCCUGCCGAUUGAUCAGGACAGUCGAACAGCUUCACAGGCCAGUACUGCGCUGUUAGAGACACGCUCAGGUGAAUCCGUGAAUAACCUCCUGAUUAAGAACAAUAUGCAGCAGAGCAUUCAAAGUGUAAUUCCGGGUCUGCCACCGACGGCCAUCGACAAGGCCUUCAGGGAUGUUGAUCCAAAUCAAUCAUUGGCUGGCUUUAUGGUGUACUCUACGGCGGGCAACGGGCAGGUUGCACCAUACGAUCCCAAAAAUCCCCAGUGUUGCGCUCUAGUGCCACUCUACCUAUCAAAACCGUCAAACAGAAAUGCGGGCAACAGUAUCGAGAUCCAUCAAUAUAAGACAGCGUUCAGUCCAUCGAUUCUUUCCAGCAUCAGUGAAGACAGCGUUGCCACGCAACCAGAGACUUGUGGAAAAUUGAAUCCGGAGGAGGCUGUUGAAGAUGAUUAG